AUGUCUUUGGAUGGCAACUCCUUUCGUGUGAUAUACGAGAAUGAGGAGCUUGUUGUUGUCAGCAAGCCGCACGACGUGCCGAUGGACGGGGCGGACUUUCCCGUGACAGUAGAAGAAUGGGCGAUGGCACACCGCGCAAAGGCCGGAAGCGGUGACGAUAUGUCGUCAGUGGGCGCCGCUGGUAAACGCAUAGGGAAGAAGGUGGUGAAGUUUGUGCAUCAGUUGGACUACGCCACGAGCGGUGUGUUGUGCGUCGCCUUUUCAAAGGAGAUGGCCGCGCGACUUGCGCAUUGCUUUGAAAUGCGCACAACGCACAAGGCAUAUCUUGCGAUUCUGCGUGGAAUAUUGCCGCCGCUGAACAGAAACAGCACUGAGGGGUUUCUUGUUGACUCGCGCUGCGCCAGUCACGUUUACACGGUGUCACUCGACGAGCCGCCCAACGCACGCUUUAUCUGCCGGUGUGUGGACGAUGCCGGUGGAAAGAGCGGUGUUUCGCGUGAUGCCGCACUUCUUGCGGUGGACCUCCCGGUGGGGUAUGACGAGACGGAUGCGGAGGGGUUCCGUAUGGCGGUGAAUGGGCGAGAUGCACGGGAGAGCCUGACGUACGUGUAUGUGCUGCAGCGCGGAUACAUGACACCGCCUGCAUCAAGCGGGCGUUCGGUGCCUGUGUCGAAAGUUCUUCUUAUCCCGCGAACAGGACGGCGGCAUCAACUCCGCGUUCACUGUCAUGCCAUCGGCUUUCCUAUCCUUGGUGAUGUUACCUACGAGAGGCUAUCGACGCCGUGUGGUAUUAGUACUACUACUACUACUACCUCCCUGGACACGGCAGGUGAGGCGCAAGGAACCGAUGCGGAGGCAUGGGCACGGAUGAUGCUGCACGCGUGGCGCCUCUCGUUCCCCGUGAGCGUGGAGCCGGUAGGGUGCGGAAAGGAGCGCUAUUUGCAGAAGAAAAGGCGACGUCGGGAGACGCUGGGUUUGGUGGACGCCGCCACCGCUGCUGGCGAAGAGGAUGCUGUGUGGACGCACUUUGAAACAGAAGACCCGUUCCAGUCGCUUCUCUGCGAUGGGACUCCAUCGACUACGUGCGGCGGUGGCUGA